AUGGACAAAAUCCACAAGUUGAACAUAGUUCAUCGCUAUGAGAAGCGUAGCUUGCUCAUUGCGAUCAACUGCGUCGCCGGCCUCUCCAUUCUGUUCUUUGGUUACGACCAAGGAAUGAUGGGUGGUGUCAACACUGCCUACGACUACUACACUCGCAUGGGCUUUGGUCAUAUGGGACCUGACGGCGAGCCCGUUGUCAACAACUCUCUUCUCCAAGGUGGCAUUGUGUCCGUCUACUAUCUUGGUACCCUCAUUGGUUGUCUGGUCGGAGGAUCCCUCGGUGACAGAUACGGUCGCAUCAAGUCCAUCUGUAUCGGUGCUCUGGUUGCUAUUGUUGGUGCUGCAUUACAGACUUCUGCCAUGAACCACUCUUGGAUGAUCUGCGCACGACUCAUCAACGGUUGGGGCACUGGAAUCCUCAAUUCGAUUGUGCCAGUCUGGUCUACGGAAAGCGCUGAGCACAAGUCUCGAGGUCAAUUCGUGGCCAUUGAGUUUACAUUGAACAUCUUUGGUGUUGUCAUUGCCUACUGGCUCGAAUAUGGAUGCUCCUUCUAUGGUGAUGGUACCUCCUCCUUUAUCUGGCGCUUCCCUAUCGCCUUCCAGAUCCCGAUGUUGAUCAUACUCGCCAUUGUCGUUUUAUUCUGUCCAGAAUCACCUCGUUGGCUUGCCAAAGUGGGCAGAGAAGAUGAGGCCCGCUAUGUCCUCACACGCCUUCGCGGAGACAACCACGAAGCGGAAGCUGAGUUCCAGGACAUCAUCGCUUCAUGCGAACUCGAGCGCGCCAACUACCGCAAACAAAACUACUUCACCAUGCUGUUCGGAAUUGGCUCUGGCGAGAUGCACACUGGUCGACGUGUACAACUGGUAGUAUGGCUACAAAUCAUGCAAGAAUGGAUCGGUAUCGCUGGUGUUACCAUCUAUGCGCCUACGAUCUUCGGUAUUGCUGGUAUGGGACCAGAGAAGCGUCAAUGGAUCUCUGGUCUCAACAACAUCUUCUACAUGUUCUCAACCCUGAUCUGUGUCUUUACUCUUGAUAAGAUUGGGCGUCGUUGGACUUGUUACUGGGGCUCUGUUGGUCAGGGUAUCGCUAUGGCUUUAGCUGGCGCAUUCUCUUAUCUUGGCCAAGAGGCUACAAGAAAUGGCGACCCCUCCAAAGCUUCAUCCUAUGGCAACGCCGCAGUAGCCAUGAUCUACAUCUUCACCUUCGUCUUUGGUGCCACUUGGUUGACAGUUCCCUGGCUAUACCCGGCCGAAAUCUUCCCUCUCGAGGUCCGCGCUAAAGGAAACGCCUGGGGUGUCGUGGGCUGGUCUAUUGGCAAUGGCUGGCUUACUCUUCUCUGCCCUGUCAUGUUUGCGCAGCUCGGAGAAAAGACGCUGUACAUCUUUGCAGCUUGCAAUGCCAUCACCAUACCUAUGGUCUGGGCACUCUACCCAGAGACCUCAGGUCGUACCCUCGAAGAGAUUGAUCUGUUGUUUGCCUCCGACAGUAUCUGGAACUGGGAGGCUGAGAAGAACUUCGCUCUCCUCAAAGAGGAGUCUGGCUUGGGUCAAGAUGCUUCUGUCGAGCGUAAAGGUAGCCUCGUUCAUGAGGUCCGUCAACACAUGGAGGACAAGGCUUGA